AUGCCUCGAACCGGUAUUCAGAAGGUGAAAACGGGUUGCAUAACAUGCAAGAUACGGAGAAUAAAAUGCGACGAGAGCCGCCCUUUCUGCAAUCGGUGCUUGACGACAGGCCGGAAAUGUGAUGGCUACACGUCGCCUCCCAAGGGGACGUACUCUUGGGAUGAGCUCCUGCAAGGCAACAUCUCGGAUGUUGCCCUGGGGCAGUCGGCGCUAACCAGUGGCACGACGGCCGAAAAGCGAGCCAUAUCCUUCUUUCAACGUGUAGCCGCACCGGCUCUUGGAGGAUCACUGAAUAAGCACUUCUGGAUCACCGUCGUUCCCCAGGUUGCGAACCAAGAACCAGUGGCGAAGCACGCCAUGAUGGCCGUCAGCUCGUUAUACGAGACUUUUACGAAGCGCUCUCGCCUCGACAUUGCAUGUGGUGCAGACGACCAAAGUAGCGCGUUCGCUGUGUGGCAUUACAACGAGGCUAUCAGACUAUUACGAACUACGACAGACAGGGCUUUGAUACUGUUCGUCUGUGUCCUCUUCAUCUGCGUUGAGCUGCUUAGGAAGAACUCCAAAGAUGCAGUUGAACAUUGUCGACAUGGGAUCAACAUUCUCAACGAAGUUCGUAGCGAAUCCGACUUCAUCAAAAAUCAUGUCCAGCCGGCGAUACGGAACCUGAGCAUUGUCCCAUAUCUAUACGGCGCCGAUCCUCAUUCCUUCCCAACACUAGGCAAGCCUGCGCCAGCCACGAAAUACAAUUUCCGCAAUAUUUCAGAAGCACAUCAAUCGCUGGUCUGUGUCCUGGUACGGCUCGUACGAUUCGCGCGGUGUUUGACUGAACCACGUCUGGAGCCCGGGCGAAACGGUCCCGAUCCAGGAACAGAGUGGACCCAGCAGGACAUUGUAGAAGAUAUGGACGCUUGGUUAGAAGGGCUUCGUCACUUCACGGGAUACAUCUAUGUCCCGGCAGGACCCGAAGAGAGGGAUAUCUGCAGGUUAUUGGAGAUGCGGUGGACGGUUGGCAAGGUUAUGCUGCUAACAUGUCGGUCUAAAAAUGAACGCGCCUACGACGAACACAUCGAUAAGUUCCGAACGAUAAUCGAACUUGCGGUCCCCGCAGCAGCGGCAGCAACAGCUUCAGCUGGAAAGCGAAGACCAGGGUCUGGAACGGAGAGACACCCCCUUGAACUGGGGUUCACUUCCUUACUCGCUUUCGUGGUCAUGAAGUGUCGCGUCUUUGAGCUGAGGCUGGCGGCAUGGAAGCUCAUGAACAAACUGCAUCGCCCCAACGACAAUAUAUGGAGCGAGGAUGUGACCAUUGUGCUGGGGAGGAGAAUCAUGGAGUUGGAACACCACGUCAACUUAGAUGAUAUGAAGCUCGAUGAGGACGAUGAUAUCAGCGAGAUUAGGGAGAGCGAUCCCGCAUUGGUUCAAAAAGAACGAAUCGUGAACUUCAGCGCCAAUUUCGCGAACACCGAAUUCCCUAGGCGGAAUGUGCGAUUCAACUUUCUUUUAAAAGAAGGCCAGAGUAAAGAGUACGUUGUGGAGGAUGAUUGGAUUUCGGUUAAGUCGCGGCCGAAGACGCAACUUCUGGAGGAGGAGUCAGAGUGGACUUGGAAGGGACACUGUUGA